AUGGGUCCGAACAACCGCCCCGACCCGGCUCCCGACCGCGAUGUGUUCACCACCGACCAGCUCAAGACGAUGGAUCUCGCGCAGUGUCACUUCCCCGAAAUCUGCAACGAGCUCAAGAAUCUCUACAACCGCAUUUGCGACGGCAAGGAUCUCUCGGAACGAGGAUUCGAAGCAAUGCCUCGCUCUAUUGGGACCUUGCCACCGGAGUUAUUCGAGCAAGUGGUGCAACAACUCUCUUUGCCAGAUGUUGGGAACGUGCGGCUUGCGAGCCGUCAGCUAGCUACUCUGGCCACGCAACAAACGUUCAAAUCCCACAUUGUCAAUAAAAACGUGCGCCUUACAAAGUCCGACCUGCAAAAUCUUGUCGAAUUCUCGAACCCAGGCGAGCUUGGCUGCCUAGUCGAGAAUCUUACCUUAACAUCCGUAGCCAUCGAUACGAGCCAGCUGGAAAAGAUCUCAAAACAAAAGUCGAGAUGGGGGACGGACCUGAACGGUCCGUCGACUAUGUCGUUCCAGGACGAAAGUACUCACAAAUGUACUCCAGAGGAGGUUGCCAAAGUCGAAGAUGAUAUGCGCGAGUUGGAAGACCGCAGAUGGGAGUACAUUGUGCUCAAGGAGACUGGGGUCUACUCUGGUCUACUCACAAAAGCUUUCCGAAACCUAGCUGCGAAUGGGAAGCGAAACAGACUUCGAUCUCUAACCUUGGAUGUGGUCGUGCUUCGUGAAGACGCUGUAACGGAGAAGUCCCCUGAGCACGGUGGUGGUUGGAAGAUCAUAUGGGAAGCUGCCAGUGAAUGCUUUUCCAUAGCGAUGACGUCGCUUGCAGACAGCAAACUUCGAGUCGACGAGCUGGACUUAUUCAACUCUACCUACAGGUGCAGCCUUGGGUCAAACAGCUUCAUGGAAAUCGAAACAUACGCAAAGGAACUAGCACCUUCUCUGCGAGACAUGAAAUCCCUAUCAUUUAGUCAUGUGGAUCGACUAUUGACCGAGUCAGAGCUCAGGGGACCGAUAGACGAGCUCCAAGCCUUGACCUACCAGCACGCGAAUCUCAACGGACUGGCAAGGCUGAUAGGUUUAUCUCCGGGACUUGAGUCACUGCAGAUCCACUGGUAUAGUACCUACGCGUGUAGAUACCGAGAUGACAUAGACGUCGACGACACCCAGCUUAUCAAAACACUUGCCCAAACUGCCGCCCUGCCUUGCUUGAAGACGCUUAUCCUUCGAGGUGUGCGCGUCACCGAAAAGGAACUGCUUGCCCUUGUGCGCAGCGCACCAAUCCAGAAAUUCUCAAUGGAGAACGUCCACAUGGAGGAGGGUACCUUCCAAUCAGUUUUCGACCACUGUACCAGCAACCAAGCAGCAAUACAGAAAUUAUUCUUCGACGACAUUUGGGAGAGGAAACUUAUCAUUUUCGAAGGUGAGGGCAAGAUGAAGAUUCCUUGGGGGCUUCCUCGGCGUGGUGGUCAGACGCUAGAACGGGAGGGAGAGGCAGUCAAGACGCCGAUUCGGUAUCUGUUUUUUCCCACGGGCCGUAUGAAGGGAUCACAUGAGGCUUACGAGUGGCGGGAUAGGAGGCACCGUGAGUAUGGUCCUCCUGGAGAAUAA